AUGUCCCGGUCCGCACCGCCAAACGGCCGCCAUGGGAGAGGUGACGAGGCCGUGGACGAGCUCACCGACGAGUCGAACGACGACUCGGGCGAGGACAGUGACGAGCUCGACGAUGGGGAUGAUGAACGCGGUCCUGAAAUUCGUCGAGAGCUCUCUGGCAGCCUAGUCGGCGACCAGGUUGAGGUGUCCACCAAGGACUUAGUGUACAUUCUCGAAGUCAUUCAACAGCCGCAGCGGGCGCGAGCGUGUGGGUUUGGUGACAAGGAUCGACGCCCGCUCUCACCUCCGCCCAUCAUCCAGCUGCGAAUCCUGGACAAGUUGGGCAAGUCCGUUUCUCCAAAUACUGUCGACUACCACCGUUUCAUCUUGAUGGUUGACCUCUGGAAUGGCGAUCAAACCCAGCAACGCAGUAUUGUCAUGCACCCAGGAGCGCGGCAAGACCAGUAUGCCCUGUUUACGCACACGGCCUCGAGGCCGUCCACAUUCGCACAUCACCCGUACGACGUCGCGCAGUCAACAUUCAACCGAGUGCCUCUCCGCUCCCAAACAGCUCCCUUUACGUCUUGGCAAGGCGGAGGCGGAGGAUCAGAAUGGACAGGAUACGGUGGUGCCUCAGCCGCUAGGGCUCCAUACGGCCUCCCUCAUGACGAGUGGUACGAUGAACAGCGACCGUCAUCUUCUUCGUCGCGGCACGGCCCACCCCUGGUCGAGCCACCACAACCCUAUGGACCUCGUCAAGUGUCUGCUGAUCGCUGGCCACCAACCCCCGAGUCCGCACCACAGACUUUUCCAGACUACGGGAGUAUGGAACGUCCUGGGUCUGGACACGCGUCAUACCGAAGCGGGAGCGGUGACGGCGGUUGGUACCGUGAACCCAGCUACCCACGUGACGUCCGUCCACAUACAGCUGGAUACGAGUACGACAGGCAAUACGGAGGUGGACGCCCAUGGAGUUCAGGAGAUGGCUCGCGCAGCCGUUCGCAGGUGCCGCUUUUCACACACGUCCCAGCGGCAUCACCGAUCGGCAGCCAGUCUGGACUGCCGCUCGUUUCAUCACCUGGAAGCAGCACCGCCAACUCGCACUAUCCUGACACCUACGCGGACCGCCUCACUGCGACUUCCCACUACAGCCGGGUCCUUGUCGGAUCCAUGGGUGCCGUCUGCCAGCGACUGAAGGGGCUGGACGGCGAACCUGGUCUGUUUUUCUUCGCCCACGACUUGGGUAUUCGCACUGAGGGAACAUUCUCCCUCCGGUUUACCCUCGCCGACAUUUCUUCCCUCUCUGUGCCAACUGUCCUCAAAGACCAGUCAUCGCAGGUAUUAGCUAGAAUUUUUAGCAACUCGUUCACGGUUUACUCGGCCAAGCGCUUCCCCGGUGUCCUUCCAACCACCGACCUGACUCAAUGCUUUGCCGACCAGAGUGUUCGCCUGCCCACUCGUCAAAAGCGAGCCAACAACAGCAGCUCUGGGUCAAAGCGUAAAAAGUGA